GAUAAAUAGAUUGCCUCAAUCAUAGAUAACAAUAUAACAUACAUUAUAUAGUAUUUUGUACUUCUUACUUAGUACUUGCUACUUACUUCAAAUUUCUGCAACCUUCGUUAACUAAUUUAAUGUCUGCUUAGUUAAAUAAAUUAAAGAAUUCUUAAUAUUGUAAAAACAACGGAAAAAUUAGAAUAUCGUUGGAGAAUAACCUAAACGCAGCUUACAAAAUAUUAUUGUAACUCCAAACUCCAUUUAUAAUAAUUUACAAUUAUUAUGAGCAAAUUCAAAAUAACGUCGGAUUUCGUAGUCAAUGCGUUAUGCACUUUGACUAUUGGUUCCGGUGUUAUUGAAUAUUCUUCUAAUAUAAUCUUAAAUGAUUUAUAUGUCAAAUAUUUUCAAGAAGCAAAUAAAAAUAAUGAGCCUGUUGCAUUAAGUGAAUCUCUUCGAAAACGAUAUGACGAUGUGAUUCAUGAUUUAAAGUUGACAGAUUUUAACAAAGCUUUUGUAACACCAUUUACAGCUAAAGGUAUUAAUCCAAUAAAUGUUGGUUGUUUGAAUACCCGCAUGGGUAGUUACAUAGGAAUUCCAAGUAUUUAUAACCUUAAUUCGGCAGAUGAUGUUUCAAUUCUAAAUGCGGCAGAUUUAAAUUUACAAAAACAACAUAUAAAACUUUUAAAUGAUAACUCAGAGUUUGGUCAACAAUUUGUGAAGUCGUUAAUCCUCAGUGAACCUGCUAAAAAAUAUAGUAUUGCUCGAGAAGUGAUGCUUACAGACAAUCAACGAAUACUUAUUAAAUCUAUUUUACCUUCUGUAGUAUUAAUGCCAAUAUAUGCUUUUGGAAAUUUUAUAUACUAUAGACUACCUCCAAACCCAGUCAGAGUUAGAACGUUAGCACUUUUUUUAGUAAGUAACAUAGGAGUAAUAGUAUGGGUUUUAAUAAGAACUGCUACUGAAAAUUUUUAUCAAAAAAAAGCUGAUGAGAAAUUAUGUGAUAUCAGCGAAGAAUACAUUAAGGGCGGAAUAGAGUAUUAUGAAAAAUUAAUUCAAAGAAAUCUAGCUCUAAGAAAUAUUUUACCUAAUGGUGAAAACAUAUAUUCAAAAGAAGGAGAUCAUAUUAAAUUAAUUUCAGAAUUAUCUGAAUUACCCUUAACAUACAGAAAAAAAUAUCUUGAAAAUAGAUUAAAAAAUUGUUUAAAUGAAAAUAAAGUAACAUCAACAUAA